GCUAUCAAACAGGGUAGAGCCGAUGUGGUCCAGAAUCUUCUCAAGAAGGGGGCGAGGGCAAAUAUUGUUGAUAAAGACGGCAGAACUGCCGCACACUACGCAGCCGCUCUCAAAGAUUCAGCUAUUCUGUCGCAAUUACUAGAUGAUGCGAACUCAAAUGUGGACGUAAAUGCCAAAGACAAUUCCGGCAUGACUCCUUUACACAUUGCAUCGUCGCAAGGCUGGGUCACAGGUAUUAAAAAGCUAAUAGAGUCGGAGGCUGACUGUAGCGUCACAGACGCACAGCAGCGUAGCCCUCUCGAAAUUGCU